UUUCCUCUUCAGUGGGCGAGGCGAUAGCAGCGAGGACAGUAUGCUCAACCGCUGUCUGCUUCUUUCGCAGGUAUGUUACCUUCAGAACGCUCAUUGUGUACGGUCCGAUAAUCGCUUUUUACUGCUAUUUCCUCGCCCACAUGGAUACGAUCACGGUAUUUGUUGUUUUGUUGACCUGUGCUCUCAGCUGGUGUAUUGCAUCAAUAGCCUUCUCCUUAGUGGAGACGUUGAAACGAAUCCAGGACCACCAAAAAAAGACAGCAAAAAAACAAAACAAGAUAACGUAGUUUCGGUUACAGAGGACUCGAGGGCUGCUAAUUCGGGUGAGAGCGAUAAUGACGGAAGAGAUAUCGAGAGACAACCCACAGUUUCGGAUAUGUUUGCUGAAUUGCUGGCUGGCCAGAAAAAGAUGGCUCAGGACAUAGCUGAAAUCAAAUUAUUCCAACAGUCAGUUAACUCCCGAUUUGACGCUCUUGAAGCACGAGUGGCUGCCCUCGAGUCGCCUUCUGCCACGCCAAGUGUCCCUUGUACAUCUUGUGACAAUCUGCUUAUAGAGCUUAAGUCAUUGUCUGGUGUGGUAGACAGACUCGUCGCGAGGAAUGACGACAUGGAAAACCGCUCGCGCAGAAAUAAUCUAAUCUUAUAUGGCCUCACCGAAAGCGCAGACGAAACUAGUGAGUCAUUACUCUCUAACGUAUCAAAAAUAUUCUCGGAUAAACUGAUUAUUGACUGCCCACGUAUUGAAAGGUGCCAUAGAAUAGGUCGAAAACACGACGGUCGUUCACGUCCUGUCAUUAUGAAACUCCUUAAUUUUCGCGAAAAAAUGGAAGUAUUGAAAAAUUCUUUCAAGCUUAAGGGUUCAGAUAUUCGUAUAUCGGAAGACUUCUCUGUUCAUGUCCGUUCUGUUCGAAAGAAAAUAUGGGAUGCGACGGCCUCUUUCCGUGACAGUGGCUCCUCCGUUCGCCUUCGAUAUGAUCAUGUGUUCAUCAAUAAUGAGCGAUAUAAUUGGGGUGUUAAAACUAAUACUCUGGUUAAGUGUUCCGACUACUCCGCCCAGUCUACUACCACCGCCCCAUCUACUGGUGGUCGUUGA